AUGAAGCAAAAACUCAUUAAUCCUUGGCCGCGAUCCGAGCCGCAAGGGCCUGAAACUCGAUCCCAAACUAAAGCACACAACAGCUUGAUAUCAGAGCCGGCCGCUUCCGCCGCUAUGGAGGCUCGCGUGGAACAACUCGAAGCUUUGCUCCGGCAGGAGAUGCAAACGAAUGCAAAGGUUAGGCAAGAGCUGCGGCAGGAAAACCAAGAGUACUUUGCCGUCCUCAACUCACGGCCGGACCAAUUGUUCGCCCAAAUGCAAGAUGAAGAACCCCGCCGCCAGGUCCUUAACAAAGUUCUGAGGAAUGGAAGACCAGAUGGACAACCACAAGGGAAUCCUCGAUCAAAAUCGAUUUUUCGUGAUUCCUUGGCGAAGAAGACUCGACCACUUGGAGCUAUCAAAAUUUGA